CUUGCUGGUGGCUUUGGCUUUCUGGUGCCUGAGGACUCGGUUCGGUCGUGUGUCACACGGCGUAUACUUAACAUUGGACGCCUCGUUCGGCGGACGUCGUGUGCCUCGUGUUUGGCUGGCUGUUUUGUCGCGCGUGUGUGUCUGUGACAAAUAUUUUCCCUAAAAUACAAAUUCUCCUAAUACAAUUGGAAAAUGUAAAGUAAAUAUAUUCCUAUGCUAUAACAAAUAAACACAAAUCAAAAACUUAAUCAAAGCUUAAGCAAACCCCUAAGUAAACCCCUAACAAGACGCGAGUGAAGUUAAUACUCUUUAGUUGCUAUUGCCCCACAAAAUGCUGCCAAACCACGCCUGAGCCUCAAUCUCAAUCUCAACCUGAACUAGGGCCAGAACCAGAACACAACUGUGAUCAUAGACAUAACAACGAUAGCGGUGCCGUAGGAGAGCCAUUGGAAGCCAGGAGAACCAGCCUCACAGCCAAAGAUGUGGGAAUCCGGGGACACAGCCAGCAGCCUGCCAGACCGCAACUGAGCGAUUGAUAGAUCCGCAGAUAAUACCGCGACCGGAAAAUCCAAAUCAAUUUCCCCGGCGAUAGCAAUCGGCAGAGGAAAAGGUGCAGGACAUCGGCCAGCAGAGCAGCACAUUCGCCAAAAAGGAGGCUGUAAUGACGACAAUUGACGCGAUGUAGCGCAGACUUAUGGUCGGCGAACGCGACAGGGACCGUGAGGCGGUACGCUGGGCAACGGGUGAAUCGACACCGCUUCAAACCAAUAAUGGAGUAUUACAAAUGGUCGGGCAAUUGCAAUGUGGACAGGCUGCUGGCCAGCAACAGCAACAGCAACAAGCGACUCAGCAACAGCAACUCUCGAAGCAGCAGCAGCAGCAACAGCAGCAACAUCAGCAGCAGCAACUGCAACUCAAGCAGCAACAGCAACAGCAGCAGCAGCAGCAACAGGACAUCCUGUAUCAGCAACAUAACGAGGCAAUUGCAAUUGCACGCGGACUGCAGGCUGCAACACCUGCCGACAUCGGCGAUAAUCAGCCGUACUACGAUACAAGCGGUAAUGUCGAUUGGGAGCGGGCGAUGGGAACCGGUGGAGCUGGUGCAUAUGGUGGCAUCGGCAUCGGAUCUCUACCAGCAGCUGGCGGUGCUGCUUAUCACCUUGGGCCAGCUAAUCCCGCCGGCCUCGUUUCUCGUCACCUGGAUUACGCUGAUGGCGGCCACCUUGCUGGCCCAUCCGCCGGUCUUCCUGCUGGUGCUGUGGGAUCAGGAGCAGGAGCGGGUACGGGUGCGGCAGCGGGAGCAUCACUCACGGGAUCGGGAGCAGCAGGGACAGGAACAGGAACCGGAACUGGAGCCGGAUCUGGAUCGGGCGGUGGAGCAGCAGGCAAGGAAGUUCGCUACGCCCCAUUCCCAGUCGCAUCACCAACGCACUCGAUUCCCACAACUUCCCAGCAGAUCGUUGGCAGCGUCGGUGGCGGGGGCGUCGGUGGUGCCAGCAGCCAGUCGAUUUCGGGCGGUGUACCAACUCAUAGCCAGAGCAACACCACCGGCGCCCUGCAGCGGACACAUUCCAGAUCCAUGUCCUCCAUACCGCCGCCCGAGCCGUUCAUGAUAGCCCAGUCGAAGGCGGUCAACAGCCGCGUGUCCAUCAACGUGGGCGGGGUGAGGCACGAGGUCCUGUGGAGGACGCUGGAGCGGCUGCCCCACACGCGGCUCGGGCGGCUGAGGGAGUGCACCACCCACGAGGCCAUCGUGGAGCUGUGCGACGACUACUCGCUGGCGGACAACGAGUACUUCUUCGACCGACAUCCGAAGAGCUUCAGCUCCAUCCUGAACUUCUAUCGCACCGGCAAGCUGCACAUCGUCGACGAGAUGUGCGUGCUCGCGUUUAGUGAUGACCUGGAGUACUGGGGCGUCGACGAACUGUACCUGGAGUCCUGCUGCCAGCACAAGUACCACCAGCGCAAGGAGAACGUCCACGAGGAGAUGCGCAAGGAGGCCGAGUCCCUGCGGCAGCGCGACGAGGAGGAGUUCGGCGAAGGUAAAUGCGCCGAGUACCAGAAGUAUCUGUGGGAGCUCCUGGAGAAGCCCAACACCAGUUUCGCCGCCCGGGUUAUCGCAGUGAUAUCCAUACUAUUCAUAGUCCUGUCUACCAUAGCCCUGACGUUGAACACCCUACCACAACUACAACACAUUGACAACGGUACACCACAGGAUAAUCCGCAAUUGGCAAUGGUUGAGGCCGUGUGUAUCACGUGGUUCACUCUAGAGUACAUACUUAGGUUUAGCGCCUCGCCGGACAAGUGGAAGUUCUUUAAGGGCGGCCUUAACAUAAUCGAUCUAUUGGCAAUACUCCCAUACUUUGUUUCGUUAUUUCUAUUGGAAACGAAUAAGAAUGCAACGGACCAGUUCCAGGAUGUGCGUCGGGUGGUGCAGGUCUUUCGCAUCAUGCGCAUCCUGCGAAUCCUUAAGCUGGCCCGUCACUCAACGGGCCUGCAGUCGUUAGGCUUUACGCUGCGUAACUCGUAUAAGGAACUCGGUCUACUAAUGCUGUUCCUGGCCAUGGGCGUUCUCAUAUUUUCUUCGCUGGCAUAUUUUGCCGAAAAGGAUGAAAAGGAUACAAAAUUCGUUUCAAUACCGGAAACAUUUUGGUGGGCGGGUAUUACAAUGACAACUGUUGGCUACGGGGACAUCUAUCCCACAACUGCACUGGGAAAGGUUAUUGGUACUGUGUGUUGCAUAUGCGGUGUUCUGGUAAUCGCUUUGCCUAUUCCCAUCAUCGUUAACAAUUUUGCUGAAUUUUAUAAGAAUCAGAUGCGCCGCGAAAAGGCCCUCAAGCGUCGCGAGGCACUCGAUCGUGCCAAGCGCGAGGGCAGCAUUGUCUCCUUUCAUCAUAUCAAUCUGAAAGAUGCCUUUGCCAAGUCCAUGGAUCUCAUCGAUGUGAUUGUCGACACAGAAAAGCGCGAGAGUCACACACGAUCACUCAAAAAUUGGCACCGUUUAACCCACGCGCUCCGCCGAUCGCCCACAGGCCACAAUCUCUCGCAAACGGACGGCAACAGCACCGAAGGCGAGUCCACCAGCGGACGCAAUCCGGCCACCACCGGAACCGGAUGCUAUAAGAAUUACGACCACGUAGCCAACCUGCGCAACUCCAACCUGCACAACCGACGCGGCUCCAGCUCUGAGCAGGAUGCAGUGCCGCCGUACAGCUUCGACAAUCCCAAUGCCCGCCAGACCUCGAUGAUGGCCAUGGAGAGCUAUCGCCGCGAGCAGCAGGCAUUGCUGCUGCAGCAGCAACAGCAACAGCAGCAGCAGCAACAGAUGCAGCAGCUGCAGAUGCAACAGAUUCAGCAAAAAGCGCCAAACGGAAAUGGAGGAGUGGCCAACAACCUGGCCAUGGUGGCCGCAUCCAGUGCGGCAACAGCCGUGGCCACAGCCACCAAUGCCAGUAAUGCCAGCAACACCGCCCCCGGAACAGAGGGCGCCGAGGGGGGCGGCGAUGGAGAUGGGGGCGUGGCUGAUGACGACAACCUGUCCCAGGCGAAGGGACUGCCCAUCCAGAUGAUGAUCACGCCCGGGGAAGUGGCCGAGCUGCGUCGCCAGGUGGCCCUGGAGAACCUGCAGAACCAGCGGAUGGACAACCUGGAGCAGGACGUGCCCGUGGAAUUCGAGUGCUGUUUCUGCACCACCAAGGACUUCAAGGAAUUCACCGACGCAGAGGGCGUGAUCUCGCUGCCCACCUCCGACUUCCACAAGCCCAUCUGCCUGGAGAUGCGACUGGCGGCAGCGGGUCGUCAGGCAGGCGCCUAUGGACUCCUCUCCCCGCUGCCAGCCCCUCUGCCGCCGCUCCACGGUCCGCUCCUGGCCCUGCCCCCGCCACCCCCACUGCCACCAACGUCCUGCGCCGCCGUCCUGUUGCCCGCCAUCUCGCAGUCCUCGUCCACAUCGUCGUCAUAUGGCACCACCACGUCCACCACCAUUGCCCUGCCCCUGGACAUGUCCCUGCGGUACGGGGCCACCAUCUGCAGCUCGUCCAACUUCAACCACAACUACAACAACAACUUCAACACCACCACAGUGGGCGCUGGUGCCAAUGGAACGCUCCUCUUCGGUGGCAACUACAAUGGCAGCAAUAACAACAACGCCGACCUGGCCAGCGUGGACAGCUCGGACACCUAUGCCAGCUGCCAGACGCAUCCCUUCCUGUCCCAGGGAGACCUCACGGCCGACUUCAAUGACGAGGCCUGCGCCCUGGACAUCGACAUGGAUAACCUGUACAUAAAUCCCCUGGAACGGGAGCAGCACCAGGGAAUCAGCAGCUCCACGGGCUUCAUUGUGGGCCUGCCCAGCACCAACUCAUCGGGUGCACUGCGUGCCCAGGUGAAGAAGAGCGCAUCGGGGGAUACGGCUCUCAGGAACUUGGCCGCCGGAGGCGGAGGAGCCGGCGGCUUGAGUCCCCUGGACGACGUCUACCAGAGCUUCGAUGUCCAGGAGCGGGGAAGUCGGGUCAGCUUGAACGAGAACUCAGUGCCAAAGCAUCGGAAGACGCGGUUCCAGCAGAGCUUCACCGCCAUGCGACCAAGUGGAGCCACCGGUGUCCUUGGAAGCAGUGUCCUGGGCGGCAUGCGUCCGCGUGCCCGCUUCGAGGACACCAAGCUGGACGACGAGACGGGGGGCCGGAGGGAGGGAGAGAUGGCCGGAUGUUCCGGCAGUCCGGCGGCCAGCGGAUCCGGCGGAUUCGGCGGUCAAGGACCCAAGAAGAAGCGCUCGGUAUUCAUGCCGGGCAAGAGCUUAGCCACUGCCACCAAACUGAUCAACCAGCAUUUGUUUGGCAUACAGAAUGUGGGCGCCAAAGCCAAGUUCGAGAGCAAGCAUUCCUCAUCGAUAGACUCGAUUGACGCCUCGCCCAAUCUGGAGCACCACCGGCGCUCCAAGUCGAUCCUGAAAAACAAGUCUGAUAUCUCGCGCGUCCUGUCCGAUCCGGAGAGCGAGCGUCUCCUGGCGGACAACAUGUCCGGCUCCGGCGUCUCCGACAACGGCACCGUUAUGGGCGAAUCCGGCAGCGAUUACUCACCGAAUAAAUUACCUCAUUCAGUUUUAGCUAAGUCUAUAUCCCCACCACCCCUCAGGCACCGCACCCUAAUGCACCAGCGCUCAGGACCAGCGACCUUGCAAUCGAAGCCCACAAAGUUCCAGACCCCCCGCUAUCCCGAGGAGCAGGCACUGCGCCAGGUGAAGCCGCUGCUCUCGCGCGGAACUCCUUCCACGUCCGCAUCCGCAGGAUCGGCGGAUGGCCAGCAGACCAGGGACAGCAGUCUGGACUCGGAGACGACCUUCACAUCGCCAGUGAGCCAUCGAGCUGGCGAGGAUGCCCCGACUGCGCCUCCGAGCCGAGUUGCAGUGCCUCCUGGCCAGGAGGAUCGUGAGGAGGAGGGCGAAGCCGAAGCCAACGACGAGCAGCGGGCUCUUCUCCAAGGAGGCGACGCCGAGGAGGCGAAGAGGGCGGGAAACGAGGGCACGUAGCAAUUAGGGACCCACACACAAAACGACACCCAGAAAGUGUAAAAAAAAAAAAGAGUACCUUUUCCAAGGGAAAUCCUCACACCACACAACUCACACACACACAGACACACCACUCACAACUCACACACACACAAAGCAUACAAAGGGAAAACUCAAAGUGAUAGCAAAGUUAGCAAACAUGGAAUGUGAAUUAUAUAAAAGCAAUGAACAGUAUCCUAGUCUAGAGAUGGUGGGACGAUCCCUGGCAGAUCCCCGGAAUUCGAUCUGCGUAUUUUUACAACUAGAAAAGAAAAUGGAGCAACCCGAACUGCAAUGUAAGUGUUUCGGAGCCGCGCAAGUCGUACAAAACAGCAAAAAACCGCAAAAAAUAUUAUUAAUACCAAUACGAUAGGUGGAGUAACUAUAGACGUGAAGCUACCGUGUAUAUAGCAGAGCCCAAUCCACUCGUGUACAGAGCAACCUUUAUUUACCGCCUUCAAGACACAGCUAACCGAAAGUAUAUAGACGAAGUCACCAAAAAGCCUAAAUAGCAAACAAAUGAAACCGAAAUAUUCAUAUUUUGAAUGCCACUUAUAAGUACAUAUAUACAAAUAUAGAAUAUACACGCAUCGCAAUUGCAGCUCGCAUAUUUACACAUUAUAUAUACAAACUAAGCGAUAUAUAUAAUAAUAUAGCUCCAACUAUUUUUCAAACCGCGCUCUAAACCCCGCAGAUCGGUGGCUUGAGGGGAGUUACGGAAGUGGAGGGGAUGCUACACCCCGGGCCAUCCCAUUAGAUCCGAAUUAGAUCCGCAUGGCCAUGCAUAUACGAGUAUCUGUAUGUAAAUCGUUCGUACGCGUAUCGUUCAAAUUCAAAUUCAUAAUGUCAAAAGUAGUUGAAAAUCGUUGGUUCGUUUCUAUAUCUAUAAGUACUUGUGCGUGUGUGUAGGGCUUAGGGCUUAUCGAUAGAGCUUGGCUUGGCUUAGUCCCCUGAUAUAAUCUGAGUUGCCACCUAUGAAGUAGAGAGAUCGAGGUUGGUUGGGAAAAUGCAAUAUUGCUUGAAUGUAGAUGUUGUUAUUUGUAAUGUGGGUGGGCAACCGAAUGCUUUCCUAGGGUAUGUGUUUGCGGUGCCAUUCAUGUGGCAACCUAUAUAUAUCGCAACCCACGGGAUCGCAUUCAAACAACCCACAUACUGUUAGUUAGUUAUGAAGCGUGUGUGUGCGUGUUAUGUAUGUUAGUUAGUUGAGUUAGUUAGAUAGUUGACUCGAUGUUUAGUUCCCUAGUCCGUUCUCCGAAUACGUAAGCAAUAAAAUUGGAAAUCCUCGCCAAAGGGGCUUUCCCCGUUCGAGGAGCGUGUUAGUCAAUUAUUGCAACCCAAGUUGUUUGUUUUUUCCACAUUCCAUUCAGUGUAUGCGUGCGAGAGUGUUUCGGCUUAGGUGUUCCAGUAUACCGAAUGGCAGGUUUCCAUAUCCUCCAUGGGUUAUCCCGACCGAUCUGUCCAACUGGCUUGCGUUUGUCCUGUUUAGUUGCCUCUGCUCGGCCAGCGAUGAGCCAGGAUGCGAGUUAGCCUCUUAGAAACAUAUCAGUAAAGGGAAUACGAACUCACACACUCACUCACUCACUCACUUACUCACUCACACAUCCACACGUGACACCUCUCACAGAUACACACGCCCACACCCAAAAGCCACAAGCGAACAAACACCAAACACCACACUGUAAGAAAACUACACAAAUUUUAUUACGAGACGAUAAUAAAAUGUCUCAACGUCCGCUUUUCGAAUUGAUAAGAACACAAGCAUUGAACACAAAAGAACUAAGCAAAAAAGAGUAAACCAAUGCAAGAAAAAAACCUUAUUCGAUAACUAAUGUUAAAGCCAAGAACUCGAGGUAAUAUAGUUAAACAUUUUUAGAAAUAUGUGUACGUAUUAACAAAUGCUUGAGGCAUCCGAAAAUUUUGUAAGCAAUUCAUUUAGGAUUAUCUACACGGUUUUUUGGUGAGCACCGGCCACAUUCCGCCACUGCAUAAUAUUAAUUGUAACUUUUGUAAAUAUUUAUUUCAUAUACAAGACCCUAAAAUCGAAGUUUCUGUUAUUCUUUUGUUUUUUGUUAAUAUUUUGUAAACCAUUUACGCCAGCAGCAAACGAAUUGAACUUGAAUUCAAACUAACGAGAUAUACUAAGUAAAUGACGAGGCAGAGGCAGAGCAAAUACACUUGCAAAAGCAACAUGUUAUUAAUAUUUAAAUUAUUUACCUAACGAUACAUACAUUUUAAUGUAGUCUGAUGGCGACGACGAUUGUAAAUCAGCUAAAUUGAAUAACGGAAAUCGUUGACAAGCAUACAAAUUUAUUAAAGCGUAUUUAAAUCUAUAU